AUGUUUGGAAAAGACUUGUUCGGCUUAAAGACUCUCCUUCUUCAGAUAGGACAUGGGGGCCAUCCUCAUCAACUCAUAUCAUCCCCUCUUACAACGAUCGUCGGGGUAGUCUAUACCUUAUUAAACUACCUGAUCUGGAUACUAGCUUCAGUGAAAAAUGAACGGCGACCACGCAUCCGAGUGGUCUGCGUCUCCGAUACUCACUCCCAGCGUUGCGACAUCCCGUAUGGCGAUCUUCUGAUCCAUGCUGGAGACCUGUCCCUUGACGGAAGCGCAGCCGAGAUCCAGGAAGCCAUCGACUGGCUAAAGUCACUACCGCAUCCCCACAAGGUCGUGAUAUGCGGUAAUAGUGAUCGGUUUUUCGAUAUUCGUUCCCGGUUAGCCGACGACGCUGUGACAACAUCUUCAGUAGAGAGUGGCCCACGCGAAAGGGUUCCUCCGCCACAGAGACCUGGCACAGCCUUCGACUGGGGCGAUAUACAUUAUCUCCAGCAAGCUUCAGUGUCUCUAACCUUCCCUGGCGCUUCCUCUGGUGUUCCACGACAGAUAAAUAUUUAUGGGGCGCCGCAAGUCCCUGUUUGUGGCGGCCCUGAGAAUGCAUUCCAAUACCCAGUCGAUCACAAUCCGUGGUCUGGCAACAUUCCUGCAUCUACUGAUAUCCUGGUGACACACACUCCGCCAAAGUUCCACUUGGACUGGUACCACGACUCGCCGGAGGGUUGCCCUUUUUUGCUUCAAGAAUUGUGGAAGGUUCGUCCGUUACUACAUGUGUUUGGGCAUGUGCAUACAUCAUAUGGAUCAGAGCGAGUGCAUUGGGACACAUCUCAGAGGUGGUGGGAGAGGUACUGCCUGGGGUUAUCGAAGUUGUCCAGCACUGGAUUGGGGCUCUUUGGCCGUGCAGAUUUCCUUCAACCAAGACUGUGGCUGGACGCUGCAAUGGUUUUGUUGGCGGCAAUGUCUACCAUUGUGAGGGAAAUGGUCGGGCUGCGUCAUCGUGAGAAAUCAUCUACUCUCAUGGUUAAUGCUGCUUGUAUGAGCGAGGAUGGUUUAACAUUAUCAAAAGAGCCUAUUGUUGUGUACAUAUAG